UUUUAAAUAUUUUCUUAUUCUCAUUAUAAAUUUCUUAAGCAAAGCCAAAAAAUGGUCAGAUGUGUAUCUACUAAUUUUAAGAGUAAGAUAGAUUUUUCUAUUCAGAGGAAUAUUUUAUAUUCAAAAUAUUAGUAGCAAGAAUUAUGGUUUUCAAAACUCUUGUAAAAUCAUGAUUAUUAUAAUAGACCAAUGAAGAUCGAAAUAUAAUAAUAUCAAUUAUCAAGAAUUAACGACAGCUAAAGGAGAAUAGAUUUAGGUACGAAGUUCCUCGAAAUUAUGUUCAAGGAUAUUUUUGUGUCGUUCAAACAGUAAUUUCACGUUUUAUUUAUUGAUGGAACUCUUCAAAUUAUCACAAUGAGAAGAAAGCUUACCGUCCGAUUAUAAAAUCUCACAAUACGUAAAAUAAAUUUGAAAUAAACUCUAACUCAGGAAACUAUUAUUUUCAGUCAAAUUUUUAAAAGUUUAUUUUUUUUUAAUAUUUAGAAAAAAUUCUGUUUACGUUACAUGAUUUUAAUCAUCAUCAGAAUAUGCUGCAUUUACUGAUAAAAAUUCAUAACAAAUAUCAGCAGCAAAGAAAGAGAAUAAAUAUUAAAUUUCUUGGAGCUAUAACUAAAAGUAUGAACGAAACGAAUAUUAGCCUAGAGAUAACUUUGUAGAUGCGACUAUAGGUCAAUAAUAUGUAGAUCAUUAUUGUUUAUUAAGUACUCGACGUAAUAUACCCUAAAAUUUCUGUAAUCUAUCUCACCUGUAAUUACCACACUUCAGUACAUUGAUCGUAAAUUUUUGUUUUGUAAUAUAAACUUCAUUACCUUUAUCUUCUUUUUUUGGUGUGAUAAAAAGAGCUUGAGAAAUUCCAUGAUAAAAUUUAAAUUUUAUUAGGUGUAAUGUCACUUUAUUUUCGACAGUGAGCUGUUAGUAACGUAUUAAUUAUUAAAAUUUAUGAAUCUGUCAAUAUAAAAGUAUUUUUACAUAAUAUAAAACGAAUAUUCGAAAAAUAAAUUUGAAAAAUGGACAGCAUGUACGCUAUGGACAGAACUAUUAAAUUUGGUUAUAACAAAUAUUUGUGGAUGAAAUUUUUUGUCGUGAAAAUUUUUGAAUACAUAAUGCUAUGGUCUAUGAUAGGAAUACACUUAUAUUCUUCGGCUUAUGGUGAUGAUUUUUCAUGGGUUUUUCUAAUCGUUGGAACAGAAAUAGGAUUCUGUAUUAUAAUUUCUGUUUUACUUUUCGGUGGAUUAUUCAAAACUCGUGUACACCGAAAAAUUCACGGGCUUCUUAAUUUGAUUGGAUGUGUUUUAUUUAUUAUAUCAGGAGUGAGAAUAAUUUAUGUUUAUAAAGUUCAAUCAAACAAUUUUCAAGAUAAUUUCGUGAAUUACUGGCCCAGUUUAGACUUCUUACAUUCUAUUAACUCCAAAAAAUAUGAAGCAGCUAUUAAUAAUUUCAAAAUCAUCUUACCUUCAGCUAUCGACGAUAAUAAUGUGAAAAAUCAAAUUAGACAAAUAUUCGUAUUCGGAUUUGCACGAGGAGUUCUCAGCAUAAUUCUAGGAAUAUUAUUACUUCUUGAUUCAUUUCUUGCUUUUAAAGAAAUCUAUUGAUUGAUUUUGUUUGUAACACAAAUUAUUAGU